GAGCCCUUACCCCGCCCCAUGUGGGUCGAGGGAGGGAGGGGGACACAGGCUGAGCUGAUCCCACGUGUGACGCUUGCAUUCCCGGCUCAGUAAAAUUCUCUUUAGCGUGCUUCGGUGUAGCGUUGUGCCGCCUGUCUUCGUUAGUUACUGGCUAUAGUUGGGUUAGCUAUGGAGGGAGACGGGAGCCAAGCCACAUCUGGAGGAAGCCCUAAUGAUUCGCAACACGACCCGGGUAAAAUGUUUAUCGGUGGUCUCAGCUGGCAAACUUCACCAGACAGCCUUAGAGACUAUUUUACUAAAUUCGGGGAAAUCAGAGAAUGUAUGGUGAUGAGAGAUCCAACGACAAAACGCUCCAGGGGCUUUGGAUUCGUUACUUACGUAGAUGCUGCCAGUGUAGAUAACGUCUUAGCUCAGCCACAUCACGAAUUAGACUCAAAAACGAUCGAUCCUAAAGUUGCCUUCCCUAGACGUGCUCAACCCAAGAUGGUCACAAGAACAAAGAAAGUAUUCGUAGGAGGAUUAUCAGCGAACACAGUAGUUGAAGAUGUGAAGCUGUAUUUUGAACAAUUUGGCAAGGUAGAGGACGCCAUGCUUAUGUUUGACAAAACGACUAACAGACACAGAGGUUUCGGCUUUGUAACUUUUGAGGUUGAGGACGUUGUGGAGAAAGUAUGCGAGAUUCACUUUCAUGAAAUCAAUAAUAAAAUGGUAGAAUGCAAGAAGGCCCAGCCCAAGGAGGUGAUGUUCCCUCCAGGUACGCGAGGCAGGGCCAGGGGCCUGCCCUACACCAUGGAUGCCUUCAUGCUGGGGAUGGGCAUGCUGAGUUACCCAAACAUUGUAGCAACGUACGGCCGUGGAUACACUGGUUUUGCCCCGAGUUACAGCUACCAAUUCCCUGGCUUCCCAGCGACGGCGUAUGGACCGGUGGCAGCGGCGGCAGUGGCGGCAGUGCGUGGCUCAGGUAGGGGGGCCCGUGGAAGAGGUGGCUACAUGGCAUACCAGCAGAACGCAGGGGCAGGGUUCCCAGAUUAUGGGUUCUAUUCCGGGGCCGGGCCCAGUGACCUGCGGGGCCCCCCCUGCUCCUUUGCCGACUAUGGCUCCCUGGGGCCCCAGGCUGCUCAGAUGCUGCAGCACAGUGAGCAUCAUGCCACCUCCGCCUGCAACUCCCCCCUCCAGCACCACCUGCAGCACAGCCCGGACCCCUUUAAGAGCCCAGGCACCAACCAGGCCCGGCCCGGAGCCUUCCCUGGCACCAACAGUCCCGGGCCCGUGGCUGACCUCUAUGGCACUACAAGCCAGGACUCCGGCGUGGGCAACUACAUUAGUGCAGCUAGUCCCCAGCCUGGCUCUGGCUUCGGCCACAGCAUUGCUGGCCCCUUGAUUGCAACCGCUUUUACAAAUGGAUACCAUUGAAACCUAACAGGUGGUUGGUUGCCAUCUCAUUCGAGCAGAGUAUUUCAGGAGGCCCGGGGAAGACCGGGCGGAGUUUUUAACUGGCUAUGUGAACAGGUGAUGCCAUCCAACGCCAAGCACUACAGCAUCAACCCACAGGAGGAGAGUGGAGGUGGCACCACGUGAAGAAGAACUGAAGAAAAUGUCAAAAUCAUCUCAGAAAAAUAAACUACAAUCUGCUGUACUAUAAUCCUAACCUGGUGUUCACAUCCAUAAUAUCCAACUGUAACCCAGUAACUUUGUGUAGGAUUUUAGUUGUUUAUACCUUUGAAUGUUCCUUAUUUUAAAUCGAUUUAGUUUAUUUUCUUUCAUUUCGACGUAGUCUUCAAAUUAAUAAGGAAGAUUCAUUAUAUUUUUUACUUAGGAUCAAAAAUACACAAAUAUUGGAUACUAUCUUAAAUGAGUAACUAUUUAUGUAAACCAUUUAUUUAAAAAAUUGAUUGAUAUGUUGCUAUGGUUGUUUGUUUUCACCCUUGGUAAUGUAAAACAUUUCAGGUGUCAGUUUGCACAUACAGUGCAUUCAGAAAGUAUUCAGUCCACUUCACAUUUUGUUACGUUACAACCUUAUUCUAAAAUGUAUUACAUUGUUUUUUCCCCUCAUCAAUCUAAACACAUUACCCCAUAAUGA